CCUUGCUCCACAACUCGUCACUAAACAUCAAUAAAGAAAAGGCUUGAAGGGGACAAUCAAUGACUUGCACGUAAACUUCAGGGGUGAAUAAUCAAACAGAGACAGCAUGGGGAAAAUUGCAACCAUCGAGUACUUCCGAGUACCACCUCGAUGGCUCUUCGUCAAGAUCACCGAUGCAGAUGGCUAUUUCGGCUGGGGCGAAGCCUCCCUAGAAGGACAUACACAAGCAGUCGAAGGAUGUCUGGACGCGUGGGCCGAACGCUACAUUGGCUUUGAAGCAGACGAAAUCGAGCACAUAUGGCAAAUGUCAUGGCGAACCAGCUUCUACCGCGGCGGCCCAGUCUUCAUGAGCGCACUGGCAGGUAUCGACAUCGCACUCUGGGACCUCAAAGCCAGGGCACUUGGCGUGCCGAUAUAUCAACUGCUAGGCGGGAAGGUGAGAGAUAAGUUGAAGGUUUACGCUUGGAUAGGUGGAGACAGACCGAAUGAUGUCAAAGAGCAGGCACUGGCACGUAAAUCCCAAGGUUUUACAGCCGUCAAAAUGAACGCGACAGAAGACAUUGGCUGGCUCGAUUCACCCUCGUCUCUCAACUCAGCCGUCGAACGCCUCAAGACGGUCAAAGACCUCGGUAUGGAUGCUGGCAUGGACUUCCACGGCCGCAUCCACAAGCCCAUGGCUAAGCAGCUCGCCAGGGCGCUCGAACCAUACCACCCGAUGUUCAUCGAAGAGCCCCUCUUAUCUGAACACAUCGGUGGCAUUAAGGACCUAGCGCAGCAGACGAGCAUUCCCAUCGCGUUGGGCGAAAGGCUACAUAGUAGGUGGGACGUUAGGCCGUUUCUUGAGGCUGGAUGUGUAGACAUCCUGCAAGUUGACAUCUCUCACAUUGGGGGUAUCUCGGAAAUGCGCCGUAUCGCCGCCAUGGCAGAAGCCUACGACGUCGCCCUCGCUCCGCACUGCCCACUUGGGCCAAUUGCACUUGCAGCGUGUGUGCAGGUCGACUGCACUUUGUCCAACUUUGCGAUACAGGAGAUGAGUUUAGGUAUCCAUUACAAUGCGGGCAGUCAGGACUUGACCUCUUAUACGAAGGAUCCCGAGGUUUGGGAUGUGAAGGAUGGGUAUAUUGAGUUGAUGAAAGGUCCGGGGCUAGGGAUAGAGGUCGAUGAAGAGAUGGUCCGGAGGGAGAGUAAAGAUGCAAAGGCGUGGGUUAGUCCGGGAUUUAUUGGGCCGGGUGGGGAGGUUAGGGAGUGGUAAUUGAGUCUCCGAUUUAUUACAGACUAUCUCACUAUACUUUGCGCUUCUUAAUGAUAGCUAUUAUGUCCCCUGCAUUCAUCCAUGCUAAAUAGCCAGAAGUAUGUCAAUUGACCACUAUCGUCCA